AUGAGCUGGGCUCCAGCUCAGCUUGGAGGUCCACGUCUGGAAGGUCCCCGUCGACGAUCGCGAAAGCUCAUCGACAGAUCGCUGUUCCCGACUUACGGCCCGGCAAAAGUGAAGCACGAUGUCGUGACCGAGUUUCGUCUGCUGCUCCGAGGCACAUCUCCGGAGCCAUGCAACGUUGUGUAA